AUGAAUUCGACUACAUCAUCCAAAGAUAACCCGUUGAAUAAAAUCAUAGGAUUAUCAGUUGUUUUAUCUAUGGGAUUCCUCUUAGUCGUUUUAGCAGGAAUAUAUGGCAAUUGGUUCCCCAUUAUCAAUGGUAUAAUAUUUGCCAUUGCACAUUUACCCGUUGCUAUAACGAAAGCCAUAUCUGAUUCUAGUGAUUAUGAUUUCAGCUUUGAUCCUGUGUCGUCCUCUCGAGGAAGCAUUUUAAAAGAAUUUGGUCAAUUUACAUCUGCAUUUUUAGUAGUUACAGGGUUCUAUCUACCUGUAUUAUUACAUCAUUCUCAUAUAUUAACAAGGGUUGCUAUGAUAUUGACAAUAAUAGGUGGAAGCUUAAUUUAUGGUACUGUCUUUAAGUUUAGCCUGUACUUUGACGAAAGUGAGGACCAUGAAACUGAAGACUUUGGAGGUGUUAUCUAA